CUCUCUCUUCUUCGUAGCUGCAAUCGACGCCUCUUUCCUUCUUUGCGUUUGCAAUUGCAGAUUCGCUUUCUCAAUCGACAGAGAUUAUGGAGGCCCUCCGUUUCACAGCGACGCAGUUGCCUCUUGUGGGCCCAACACACUCCAAAUCUGACCCGCCUUUGUUUUUUGGGUCUGUGAACGAUGGCCGCGGCCGCCAUCCCGUCAAACCGUUUGUCAAGGCCACGCUGUCAAAAUCUGCGGCUGAUGUUUCUGCCAAGCAGUCAUCCGCUGUUGCUCCCAGGGAGAAUCCGUUACCGGCCCCUCCUUCUCCCCCGGUGACUACUCUCAAGAGAGUCUCUCCCAAUUCCCUGCAGUACCCCGCCGGCUACCUUGGUUCCGUCCCGGAGCGAUGUCUGGAUGAGAGUGACGAUAUCAUUGAUGCUAUGGGUUAUUUGACGAAUAUAUUGUCAUCGAAGGUAUACGAUGUCGCCAUAGAAACUCCGUUACAGUUCGCACCAAAGCUGUCUGAGAGAUUGGGGGUUAAGAUUUGGCUCAAGAGAGAGGAUUUGCAACCUGUUUUCUCUUUCAAACUCCGUGGAGCAUAUAAUAUGAUGGCAAAGAUUCCAAGGGAACAGUUGGAGAGAGGGGUUAUUUGUUCUUCAGCCGGAAAUCAUGCUCAAGGGGUUGCUUUAGCUGCCAAGAAACUGGGUUGCGAUGCUGUGAUUGCCAUGCCUGUUACUACGCCAGAAAUCAAAUGGCAAUCUGUUGAGAGGUUAGGUGCAACGGUUGUUCUUGUGGGUGAUUCUUAUGAUGAGGCACAGACAUAUGCUAAAAGACGGGCCAAAGAGGAGGGUCGUACAUUUAUACCUCCUUUUGAUCAUCCAGACAUUAUCAUGGGGCAGGGGACAGUUGGAACGGAAAUUGUGCGUCAAAUGCAAGAGCCAUUGCAUGCAAUCUUCGUCCCUGUUGGAGGUGGUGGACUAAUAGCCGGUAUUGCGGCUUAUGUGAAGAGGGUUAAUCCAGAGGUAAAGAUUAUUGGGGUGGAACCCUCUGAUGCAAAUGCCAUGGCUUUGUCACUGCAUCAUGGUGAGCGAGUGAUGUUGGACCAGGUUGGAGGUUUUGCUGAUGGUGUGGCUGUUAAAGAAGUUGGUGAAGAAACAUUUCGCUUAUGCAAGGAAUUGAUAGAUGGUGUUGUUCUUGUUAGUCGUGAUGCUAUCUGUGCCUCAAUAAAGGACAUGUUUGAGGAAAAGAGAAGCAUUUUAGAACCAGCUGGGGCUCUGGCCAUUGCUGGAGCUGAAGCAUACUGCAAGUAUUACGGCCUUGAGGGAGAAAAUAUUGUCGCUUUAGCAAGUGGGGCAAACAUGAAUUUCGAUAAACUAAGGGUGGUUACAGAACUGGCCAAUGUCGGUAGGAGACAAGAGGCUCUGCUUGCAACUAUUUUGCCAGAGGAGCCUGGGAGCUUCAAACAAUUUUGUGAACUGGUUGGCCCUAUGAAUAUCUCUGAGUUCAAGUACAGAUAUAACUCUGAUGAGAUGGCUGUCGUUCUUUAUAGUGUUGGUGUUCAUACUGAUUCAGAGCUUGAAGCUAUGCAGCAGCGGAUGGAAUCUUCUCAACUGAAAACUUGCAAUCUCACAUCAAGUGACUUGGUGAAAGAUCACCUGCGAUAUUUGAUGGGAGGCAAAUUAAAUGUUCCAAAUGAGGUUCUAUGCCGCUUUAUAUUCCCAGAGAGGCCUGGUACUCUGAUGAAGUUCUUGCACACUUUCAGCCCUCGCUGGAACAUCAGUUUAUUCCACUAUCGUGGACAGGGUGAAACUGGUGCAAACGUAUUAGUUGGCAUUCAGGUUGCCAGCUCUGAAAUGGAUGAGUUCCACAGUCGUGCCAGCGGUCUUGGAUACGACUAUGUUGUAGUAACAGAUGAUGAUGAUUUCCUGCUUUUGAUGCAUUGACCUGAACCACCCCCCUGUGAUUUAGACAUGGAUUGACUCAAGAAGGCUAGAUGGUACAUUUAUAGUAUUGAGCGCUAUAGAGAGAAAACCAAGAUCUCUGGACUCAUCAGCAGAGCGAGAUGAUGCGUUCUAUGCAAAUGUCCACCACUUCUUGUAUGUUGCCGUUUUUUUUCUAAUAAUUAUCCUUGUUACUAUGUAUAACUGACUUUGGUUCACUGUGAGGAGAGUGUUUCCUCUUGUAUAUUAGUUACUAGUACCGCAGUAGAGGAAAACAGUUGCUUAGAAGGAUCUUUGUGGUUUCAUUUAUAUGUGCUAGGGAUGCAAUUUGAUGAGUUCAAGUUAUAAGCAUUGUGUAUGCCUUUUUUUCCCCUGAAGUUGUUGAACAGUAGUACAAAUAUGGUCUUAUUUACUCCUA